AUAUAGCCAAAAGCCAUUAUUUUUAUUUAAAAGUGUUUGAAACAGAUAAACUUUUCCUUCAAAUCACAUUUGGCAUAAUAAAAGCUAGCAAGAAUAAAAUAACAUGUGGCUCUUGUACAUAUUGACAUAAUUUCAUAUUUAUUUUGUUUAUUUUCACUGACCUUAGAAAAUGUUACUGUUUAAUAUUAUUAUACUAUCGUAUAGAACAACAAAAAUGAUCACCUAAAAUCUAGUAUAAACGUCAACAUGGAUGCUCAGCUGCGGGAAGGUGAAAAGAAACGUAUAGACGUUUCAAAAGUUUCACCAGAGCUAGAUUUUGAUGUUAUUCAACUUGGCCUGUCUGGUGAUGUAAAACUGGUGACAGGAACCUCUUCAUCUCCAAGGAUACUGCCUACCAACACACUCCCACUUGGCCUUCCUCCUGUCUAUCCUGAUCUAAAAAGUGAAAUUGAAGAAUUCUUAAUUUCGCCACAGGAUAUUCCUAUUCAUGCAUUUCAGACAGCACAGCAAUACUGGCAGCGUGAAAAAGAUUUAGAAAGUUUGAUGGAUACUAACCUUUCUCCAUGCCCAAGUGAACUAGCAAUGGAACGUGAUCCGAAAACAGGCAAACUUCAAAGUCACCAUGAGGUAUUCAAAGGAGAAGUUGGACUUAAUGCACAAAAUUCCAUGUCAUUGAAGCGUAAACCUGGAGCUUUUACAGAUUCUGUAAAAGGAGAAUCUUCCAACUGCCCUUUCUGGCCAGGUGGAAUGGACUUGCCAACUCUGGAGAAGUUUACCAAAUCAAAUAUCAAGGAUGAUGUUUUAGAAUUAUCCAAAGAUAAGUUACUAAUCCGUCCUCCUGGUUUUGAUUUUGAUGUUACAUUGAAUAAUGAAAUUUAUUCAUUGCCUGGGUUAUCAUCGGGUUCUGACAAGCAAACUAUUAGUAUUACCGAUAUUCUGUCAGUUGACAUGGAUUUAGCAGCAUUGUACAUUGAUGUCUCCGAAAAAGACAUUGCUGUCACUCAACAAGAAAGUCCUGUAGAUGUUACUUUCUCAGUAAAAGAAGAAAUUCCAGACCAGAUAUUGCAGGUGAAUGAGCCAGAGGGUUCAUUAAAACCUAAAGCAAACGAGAAGAAACAAUGGGCUAUUCUGGACAAUUCAGAUGUGAAAGAUUUUCAUCGUCAAGUUCCUGAUAUGGCCUUCAAGUAUCCUUUUGAAUUGGAUAGCUUUCAAAAACGAGCUAUUCUCCAUCUUGAAAGACAUGAAAAUGUUCUUGUUGCUGCCCACACUUCUGCUGGGAAAACUGUUGUUGCAGAAUAUUCUAUUGCUUUGGCGCAAAAGCACAUGAGAAGGGCUAUUUAUACUUCCCCUAUUAAAGCUCUUUCUAAUCAAAAGUUCCGAGAUUUUAAAAAUACUUUCCCUGAAGUUGGCUUAUUAACUGGUGAUGUGCAGAUCAAACCUGAAUCAUCUUGCCUAAUCAUGACAACUGAAAUAUUACGAUCGAUGUUAUACAAUGGUUCAGAUGUUAUUCGUGAUGUAGAAUGGGUCAUAUUCGAUGAAAUUCAUUAUAUAAAUGAUAUUGAUAGAGGUGUCGUUUGGGAAGAGGUUUUGAUCAUGCUUCCCUCCCACGUGGGAAUUAUUUUAUUGUCAGCAACAGUUCCAAACACACUGGAGUUUGCAUCGUGGAUUGGAAAAACAAAAAAGAAGGAAGUAUACGUAGUGCAGACAAAGAAACGCCCCGUUCCUUUAGAGCAUUACUUGUACACCGGUAACAGCAACAAAACAUCAAAUGAGCUCUUUUGCAUCUUGGAUCAAAAAGGGAAAUUUAUUAUUGAAGGCUACAGAGCAGCUGUCCAAGCCAAAAAGGAACGAGCAAGUAAGGCUGAUGAGAAUUAUGGACCAAAAGGUAUUCGACAAGGAAAUCCUAAAUUGGACCGUAAUAUUUGGUUGUCUGUUGUUCAAAUGUUAAAAAAGAAGGACCAGUUGCCAGUAGUUGCUUUUACACUGUCGAAAAAGAAAUGUGAUGCAAAUGCUGACAUGGUCAAAAGUAUAGAUCUUGUAUCGUCAACAGAACGAAGUCAUAUAACAAUGUUCUUCAAUAAAUCUAUAUCAAAAUUGAAGGGAGAUGAUCAAUCAUUACCCCAGGUAUUGUGGAUGAAAGAACUGUUGAAGAAUGGAAUCGGAGUUCAUCACAGUGGUGUAUUACCUAUUCUUAAAGAAGUUGUUGAGAUGUUGUUUCAAAAAAGUCUUCUAAAGAUUUUAUUUGCCACAGAAACUUUCGCCAUAGGCGUUAACAUGCCCGCCCGAACUGUUGUAUUUGACUCAACACGGAAAUUCGAUGGUAACAAAUUUCGUGAGCUCCUCUCAAGUGAAUACAUUCAGAUGGCUGGUCGUGCAGGCCGACGCGGUCUAGAUAGUACUGGCAUGGUGAUCAUGCUAUGCAAAGGAGAUGUUCCUGAAACUUCAGAUUUGCAUAAAAUGUUGCUAGGCACACCCACCAAACUGGUCUCGAGAUUUCGUCUUACUUACUACAUGAUAUUAAACUUACUGCGAGUGAAACAGCUCACAGUACAGGACAUGAUGAAACGAAGUUUUGCAGAGUUCUACCUUCAGAAGGAUGCACCUGAAAACGAGAAAAAAUUGGAAGAGUUGCGACUACAAACGAAACAUUUGCAAGAGCCGAACUGUGCGCUGUGUUCAAUUGACCUCAAAAAGUACUAUUUGACGUGGGCAGAAAUUUUUCAACUCAAAAAAAUUGUGAAGUCCGCCAUCUUUUCUUCACCAUAUGGCAUUAAAUGCAUGACGCCAGGGCGUGUUGUGGUUGUGUCGAAUGGAAAACAUCGCAACGCUUUGGGUGUUGUCUUAAUGGAUGGAGGUCUGGAAAGCAAGUUCUCUUCGUCUUCUUCUGUUAAAGAACCUCUUCAGAGAGUUUACACUGUGUUAAUUCUUUGUAAUAAAGAUCAUGAACAGGAGACAGUCGUAACGACUGGCGAAAAAAGUCAUAAAGAAAUGUUUUUAUCAAAUAAAUUAUUUCUACCUCAAGAGCAAAGUGGACAAAUUGUAGAAGAGAUUGCAGUUGCAGAUAUUGAAAGUAUUAUUAACAGGUUAUUGAAAAUCGACUUUGCAAAAAUUAUAGACAAUCAUAAAAAAAGGCUCAUACCAAGAUUCAAGAAUGAUCCGCCGUCUCAGUCUACCAUUAUGGCUGGUCAAGAUUUACUGAACUUGGCCCAAGAAUUUCAGACCUCUAUACCUUUAAUAAAUCCAGUGAAAGACUUAAAUUUAAAUAACAUAGAUUUUAUAGAAAAUUUAAAACGUUUGGAAAAGUUAGAAUCAAAUAUGCUCACGUAUUCGUGUUUGGAAUGUACCAGUUUUUCGGAGCAUUUCAACUUAAUGCGUGCUAACAUGAAAGUUCGCGAGGAUGUGUCACAAUUAGAAUUGCGUUUAUCAGACGAAAGUCUGGAACUGAUAGAAGAAUAUAACCAGAGGAUCGAGGUAUUAAAAGAAUUGAAUUACGUCGACAAGGAUAAAAACCUUCAACACAAAGGUCGUGUCGCGUUUGAAGUGAGCACUGAAGGAAUGAUGAUCACAGAACUUCUUAUCAACAACAUUCUAACGGAACUUCAUCCUGAAGAAAUUGUAGCUGUUUUGUCCUGCUUUGUCUUCGAACAGAAAAAUGCUUCACCGCCUACUUUGAACGACAACUUGCAAAAGGUGGUUAAUUUAGUAAAGGAAACUGCAAAGCGAGUCGCAAUAUGCCAGAAACAAUGUGGUUUAGAUGUCACCGUGGAGGAGUGUGUAGGAGAGCUACAUUUUGGUUUAGUGGAAGUGAUUUAUGAGUGGGCUCGGGGAAUGUCUUUUAAAGAAGUGAUGAACUUGACUGAUGUAUCCGAAGGUAAUAUUGUUCGAUGCAUCCAAAGACUUGACGAAACACUUCGCGACGUUCGUAAAGCUGCGCAUGUUAUUGGUGUGGAAACACUUUGUGAUAAAAUGGAAAAGGGAAUGAGUUUGAUCAGGCGUGAUAUCGUUUUUGCUGCCAGUUUAUACACCACGUGACAACUUUAAAUUACUUUUAUUUUUACAUUUUGCACAGCAAAAUCAGUUGCACGUGCAUUGGGUUUUCGCGCAAGCAAUUCUAGUUGGUGUUUUUUCCUGUUUUUAAAUCAAUGAAUGGGCUUUAUUUUAUUUAUUUUAAUUUUAAAAAUCGCUGUUUAUCGCGCCUUCUUUUUGGCGCCCCAAACCUAUUAGUAUAAUACUGCGCACAAAUUGUAACAUCAAUCUACAUUUUGUAUUAAUUUUUUUGUUUAUGGAAACCAGGCCUUA